UCCGGCGUGAGCAGCGAAAGCCGGGAGGGCGAGCGAGCGAGAGAGCAGGCAGCAGGCUGCAGGCGGGCGGGCGGACGACACAGAGGGAGGGUGAGAACGAGCAGUGAGUGAGCCGGCGAGGGCGGCCGAGUCCCUAGAACAGCCGAGAUUCCUCCCGUCCCUCUGACCCCCUCCCCGGAGCCCACAGCGCCUCCGGUCUCCAGUGGAGCGGACACGGCCCGGCCCGGCCAUGGCCUCGUUGCUGAAGGUGGAUCAGGAAGUGAAGCUCAAGGUUGAUUCUUUCAGAGAGCGGAUCACAAGUGAGGCAGAAGAUUUGGUGGCAAAUUUUUUCCCAAAGAAGUUGUUAGAACUUGAUAGUUUUUUGAAGGAACCAAUCCUAAACAUCCAUGAUCUAACUCAGAUCCACUCAGACAUGAAUCUCCCAGUCCCUGACCCCAUUCUUCUCACCAAUAGCCACGAUGGACUGGACGGUCCCACUUAUAAGAAGCGAAGGCUGGAUGAGUGUGAAGAGGCCUUCCAAGGAACCAAGGUGUUUGUGAUGCCCAAUGGGAUGCUAAAAAGCAACCAGCAGCUGGUGGACAUUAUUGAGAAAGUGAAACCCGAGAUCCGGCUGCUGAUUGAGAAAUGCAACACGGUCAAAAUGUGGGUACAGCUCCUGAUUCCUAGGAUAGAGGAUGGGAACAACUUUGGGGUGUCCAUUCAGGAGGAGACAGUUGCAGAACUAAGAACUGUUGAGAGUGAAGCUGCAUCUUAUCUGGACCAGAUUUCUAGAUAUUACAUUACAAGAGCCAAAUUGGUUUCUAAAAUAGCUAAAUAUCCCCAUGUGGAGGACUAUCGCCGCACCGUGACGGAGAUUGAUGAGAAAGAAUAUAUCAGCCUUCGGCUCAUCAUAUCAGAGUUAAGAAAUCAAUAUGUCACUCUACAUGACAUGAUUCUGAAAAAUAUCGAGAAGAUCAAACGGCCCCGGAGCAGCAAUGCAGAGACACUGUACUGAGGCCAGGGCCAGGGCCAGGGGACUCUGUGAGUCUGGCUCAAGACCGACAUUGCCUUGGUUUGUUACAUGACUAUCGUGAUGGGGAAACUGGCUGGAAAUAGUAAUCACACCUCUCUCUGUUUUUAGUUAGAGUCUAAUGAAACUCUCAUGUAGUUCUGUGACGUGUUUACCUCUUUUUUCAGGCCUCAGGAACUCUUCUAUUUUCUUCCCUAAUACCCCACACCUGACCUGUCCUAAUUUCUGGAGAACUCCAGGUUUGUGUGUGCAGGUUAUUGGCACAAGAAUACUUGUGAUUUCUCUCCCUGCCCUCUCCCUCCUGUGUCUUGGGCUUUGUGUUUUCUUCCUUCUUUUGACUAGUUGAUUAGAAGCUGAGGGAACUGGAAGGAAAGUGCUAGGUGUUUUUAGGAACUGGAGUCAGGGGGCGACCAGCUCCUCUUCUCUGACCUGAGGUUAGUGUAUCUUGCCACCGUGUGGGAUGUUGGACCCUCCCUCCCACAGUUUCCCUGGUGAUGACUUAGGGUUUCCCAUUCACAUACAUCCCACCUUGAACCUGAUCAUGACAAGAACACCUUAGGCCUUCAGCCAAAUCCCUAGCUCCUUGAGAUGUUAUUAUAAUUAGGAUUUUCACAUACACAUAUGUGUGUGGUAUGCACAGAGCAUACGCCUUCCUACUCUGUGACCUGAUUUCCCCAUCCCGUCGUCUGUGGGGUCGCCCCAUGUACCCCCAACCCUGUAAACUGUCACACACACAUCAUCCAGAAGGUGAUUGACAGUUGUCGUAGUCCUCACCCACUAGGGCUCUUUGUUCUGCUGUUAUAGCCUCUUGGUGUCCAGAGGCUGGUGAGCUGGAGGAGAGCUAAGAGAUGAGAAGCAGAGGAUUUAGAGAAGGCCCUUUCUCUGUGACUCGGGUCCUUUUGGGCGUUACUGCAAACGAUGGUCCUCUGACUCCUGGUGGCCUCUUCCCAGGCCAGUUGUAAAUUGGAGUGGGGCUGUCUGCAGCCAUGAGGGCCAGUGCUGCUGCUCCUGCUGGGCUUUCUUAUGGGAAAAAUACUCCUUUUAUUUAUAGUAUUGUGCUUCCAAGGAAAGCAGCACCUGUGUGUGUGUGUGUGUGUGUGUGUGUGUGCACGCGCGUGUGUGCGUGCACAUGCACACGUGUGCAUGUGCGCAUUGCAUGUAUGUGAAAAUCUGGGCAAGUCAAAACCAUAGAAGAGUUGUCUCCUAUCUCUCUAAUCUUCCCGAGAUACCACUUGAUCCAGUUUUUCUGUUAACCCUCCUCAAACCCUGACUUUCUUUAUUCUGCCAGUGCUGGAGAGUCAGUAUCUGCAGUCAGCCUGCCAGUGACUCUCUCAGUAUUUGUUUCUUUUAUUCUUCCCCUGUCUCCUUGCCUUCAACCCCAAUCACAUUUCCGCCCAGAUGCGUCGUUUUUACUCCCAGAAUGCUGUAGAGAAGGAGUCAGGAUGCUGUCUUCCCAUAAAUAGUAUUCAGUAACAAACCAAUUGCAUUUUAGUUGGGCAGUGCCCCUACCACCCUCCAGAUCCCUUACAGCUGAAACCCUUCCCUACUCCCACCAUGUGUUUCUCAGUUUCCCUUUUUGUUUGUUGGAUUAUUCUGCCCUUACUUCUCACUCUACCACCCUUGGAUCAUAAUGUAAAAUUCUUUUACCAUGUCAAGAAAUUAUUAAAAAUGCAGGUACUUUGACCUCUUUCUAAA